GCCAAGAUGUUCUUACUCAGCUACAUUCAAUAGAAUCCGGAGUUCCUCAAGGAAAUGUACUUGGUCCAUUUUUAUACUUACUCUAAAUCGCUGACCUCCCAAAAAAUGAAUAUACUCAAAAUUCAACUUUCGCAGAUGAUACUGCAAUUUUGUCAGUCCAUAAAGAUAGUAUUUGAGCAUCUCAUUACUUAUUAAGUCGCAUUUAUUUUUCAAGAUUAGAUCAUCCAAACCACCUUGCGAAAAAUGGCAGAACUGCUAAAAAUAUUGGAGAAAGAAAAUAGAAACAGAUCUGAAGAGACUUGCACAGAAGCUUUGUACUUGGAAGAAGAAUAUGUGAAGGGACUGAUACACGACACUAUGCCUAAUUUGGAUAUCUAUCACGUGGGAAAAGUGAACAAUAAUUUCCUUGAGGGCAUGUAUCAGCUUACCAAAGCAGAGUAUAUCUCCCGACAUGGCUUCUGUAAGGAGCUGAACCUCCUGCACGUAACAAGCCAGGAAAACAUCCAUUCUAUUAUCAAAGACAAUCUGGACUGGAGACGAGUAACCAGGCGUGCGUUCGGUUCUGGAACAUAUUUCUCCACAGAUGCCAUGCGUGCUAAUAGCAUUUGCAACCCCAACUGUGGAGUAAAAAGAGCAAUCAUUGUCUGCAAAGUUUUAGUUAGCUGUUCUGGUACGUUUACUGGACAACCGCAUACCAACACGAUUCCACAGCACAUUGACACCUGCAUCGACGAGAGUCGAAACAUUUAUGUUAAAUACAAUGAUAAUGAAUUUUUACCUCUUUUUGUUGCAUAUUAUGACUACAAAAUCUUGUAACAAAAUAUUAUAGCAAUAUUUUAUGUUAAAACCAUGUCUGGUACUGUAGGUCCAUAAAACGUUAAAAUACGCUUUUAAAGUAAUUAUUAAAUCGCUGUUAGUUUCAUGUUUGCAAAGUGAGAGUUUGAGCACUUAGGUGUUGAAGCCUAAAAGACAUAUAAAACACCAAUGCAACUGGAGACAGCAUUACUACAAGCGAUAGAACAGGAUUAGAAUAAAUCACCUGGAAAAGACCAGAAAAUACUGUUAAAAACGCAACAAGCCCUGUAAGUUUUUCAUUGUGUUCCUUCCCUUAGAGGAGAGAAGCCAAAGGGACAAGAGAGUGAGUAACGGAGCAGGCUGCUUGUACUGAGUAGUGAACUGUCUCACUCAGCCCUUGCGUACUUAUUCAAUAGUUUAUUGAGUGGGGAUUGUCCAUUGAAAUCAAUAUAAAAUAAAUAAAAAUUAUGAUUAUUGUUUGUAAAUUUGUAUAAGUUAUAUUGUUGCAUUAUAAAGAUUUUAAACAUAUCUAUGAAUGUUUUAUCCAUUUAGUAUAGUCAAAUAUAUUUUCAGAUUUUAUAAUAUGGUAAAUAAAAAAGAAAACUGCAUAACUGGUGAAUAGUAUAUACACACUAUUCAGAUUUAGCGAAGGCUUUAAAUAUACAUUAUACAUUGUGUUUACAAUGAAAAUUAUUCAUAAUUUGAUGACUCGGCAUAGAACAAAAGAUAUCUAAUUGUCUAAUAUGUUAUUUGUAUGGUUAAAUUUGAUAUUGUUCUGUUGAAUAAACAGUACCAUUUUUAUGGUAGUUGUUAAAGCAUCACAUGUUAAAGUUGUUUUUGUGUAUAUGUUUUGUUUUUAUUGUUUUUUAUAAUGUUACUAUAAAUUAAAUUGAAUUAAAAAAUGCUUGGAUAAACAGUAAUAAAUUAUAAGAUUAUUACUUAUGUAAAUACUUCAUGCACAUACAAGCACACUACAGGUUCAACUUAUCAGUUGUAAUUCAGGUAUUUGUUAAUAUUUACAGUUAUGUUGUAUAUAUUGAUAUUUUAAAUUGUUCACUGACAUUUUUAGUCAGUUAUUACAAUAAGAGUUCUUUCUAGAAAUAGUGUACAAGAAAGAAACGUAACAGUUGCCUAUUCAACUUGAUGGUUCUUUUAAUUAUUAUAUAAUGAUUUAUACAUUAAUUUGUAAAUAAGUAUUGCUCAUAUUUUGUUUGAUCCCAAUACUUUUCAUGUAAGAUAUAGAAGACGACUGAAGAUGGUACAAACUUUGUUUUAUUAUUAUUAAAAAAAGUGUUUAAAUGUAA